UUCCAAAAUGCAUGCUUCACAAAUUUAAGGUUAUGUUCAGUUUAUUACGACAUUGAACGAUUGCUUGAACACGAAAAGCAUGUUUCAUGUUUAAUAUUAGAAUUGUAUGUUUAUUUAUUAUUUGUUAUCUUACAUUCUUGAGACAAUAACAAUUUGGUUAAUCAGCAAUGGAAAUUGAAACAAACCUCUUACGCUAUUCUACAAAUGGUGGUGACACCGGUGUAAAAUGCGUUGAUCAACUAUUAUCUGGUCACCUUGCGGAGAUUUAGAUAACUCAUUAUGGACAGAAAUAUUCCAGCAAAGCAAAAAACCCAAAUCAAAGAAAAGUCUUGAGUGAUGUACUGCAAGAAUGUGUCGAUCAGUUCACAUCUAAUCCGCUAUCUGAUCACAAGCAGUUGGAGGUUUUAUGUUUUGGAAUUGCAAAUCUCAUGGCUUUCAUUCAAAGUAACUGGACUGGACCAAACACAGAUGUCAAAACCUUGGACGUCUAAGUCAGUGGUUUGAGCUUCCUAAGGAAGAGUGCAAGUUAUUGGUGGCUCAAAGCCUGAUAUUGGAUGGAGAAGGACUGUGCGUUGUAGCAGAAAAUAUCGAGCUGCUUUUGGUUGCAGCUGCCAUCUUCAGAUCAAAUCUUCCUUCUUUGAAGAGCUGCAAAUGGUGGCUGAUGCGAUGCUUGGUGAUACAUCAACAGAUUCUCGACGAGCCGUCUCAGAAGAUUCAUGAAGAGAUAAAGGACAUAGUGAAUAUCUUGAAAGAAGUAUACAAAUGUGACGAAAAGUGUGAGGAGCUUGACAAAAGUGAAGUGAAGGAUCUUAGCGUACAGCUGCAUCUUGAAAUUGCGCAUGCGUACCUUAACUAUUCCCAGGUUUCGAGGUCAGAGAAGGAAAUGAAAGCUGCUUUCGAACUAAUGGAUAUGGAAGUGAGCUUUAUUGGUGCUUUGGGAAAGCGUACAUUCUUCCAGCAGAAAGAGUUGCCUCAACUCACAAUAGAUUUGAAAGUAAAGGAGAGAGAAUUAUCGAACGAAGAUGUAAAUGUGAUCGAAAAAUGCGUUAAAAAUGUUCCAUAUAACAUUCCAUUGAAUGACGAGGUUUCCAUGGAUGGUAUCCAUUUUUCAGAUCCUUCCAGCGCUAAAUUUCCCCAGUUAUCAGCUGUUCAGCAGGCUGCUCUGCUUGCCUUAUUCGUUCACCUUCAAAAGAGUCGACCCAAAGAUGAGUUGCAAAAUGAAGAACUUACUCCUUAUCUGACUUGCCUUCUUUCACAGCCCAGGUUCUGGUCUUUCCAAACAUCAGCUUUGAGAUUGCGAUCAUUGCUUGAAAAGGAAAGUUCCAGAAGGGUUGACAGAUCAUUGAAACAAUUAGAGGUAUGCUAUAGAAUUUAUUCAGA